AUGGAUUCUUCAAGCAGUACUGAAGUUGUGAAGGGAGAUAAGUACAGGUCCCAUAUUCAUGGGGAAGGAGAGAAAAACACUAAAUGGAGAUACGGUGCUCCUCCUAACUAUGAUGUGGUCAACAAGCUCUUUGAAGAAGAUCGAACUAAGGAAUGGCCCAUUGGGUCCUUGGAAGAGACAGUGCAAAACCUGGUCAAGUCUUUUGAAAUGGAGCUCUUCCACAAGGUUUCCCUGGAUGAUUGGAAAACAGUAAACCUUGACAAAUUUACUCUCAGCAUCAAUGGAGGGAGAGCCUUCACUCUAGAGGAGGUUAAUAAGAUUGGAGGAUACAAUGCUUUCUUGCAAACCUCCUUACCAGAGCGUUUGAAUGCUUAUAAUCCAUCUUCUUUUACAUCUGAAUCAUCUCAUGAAGCAUUCAGUACAACAUUCCCUCGCGGUUUUGCCUUGGAAAUCCUUGAGGUGUAUUCAGGUCCUCCAAUGGUUUCCUACAAGUUCAGACAUUGGGGUUACAUGGAAGGUCCUUUCAAAGGUCAUGCUCCCACUGGUAACAAGGUUGAAUUGUUUGGAAUAAGCGUCGUUAAGGUUGAUGAAUCAUUGAAAUUUGACAAACUCGAAUUCUUCUAUGAUGCUGGAGAAUUGCUUGCCGGUCUUCUCAAAGAUACUUCUUCCGGUUCAUCUGUUGGUGGUUGCCCUUUCAUGAAAGGAACGUAG